AUGCACGGCCGCCGGCGGGGAGAGCCGGGUAGCGGCGGCGUCGGCAGGAGAGGGAUGCGGAGAGUGCGAGGAAGAGGAGGAGGAGAGGGAGGAGGAGGAGGAGGAGAAGGAGAGAAGAGGGAGGGAGGGAUCGCGGCGAGAGUAGCGCAGGCAGCGCAGCGGAGCGGCUGCCAGCCACACGAGAAGCCGCCGCCGCCGCCGCCGGACUCAACCAUCACUUCCCAGGGAGAGGGGAAGCGGCCGGCGCUGUGCAGCCGGAGCUCGCCCAGCCCGCAGCCUCUCCGCGCCGCUGGACGGCCCUGCACGGCCUCGCCCCCCGCCCCGCACGGCCUCCCCGGGCGGCUGCUGCCCGCCGCCGAGCGGCCCCAGGGAGCGAUGGCUGUCCCGGGCCCGGUGCCCCCGGCGCGGAGAAGGGCAGUGGCUCUAGGGCUACACCUGCCCGGGAGGCUUCGGCUGCGAUUCCCCGGUGUCCUGUCUGUCCCCCGGCUCUGCCUGCGGUUCGCCUCCGCCAGCCCCAUGCGAGAGGUGCGGGUGCUGGGGUCCCUCGUCCUCGGUGAAAUUACCCUCUGCUUUCGUCCCCGCUCUUGA